UCGUCAGUAGCAACGGCUACGAUUAUCGAGCAAAGUUAUGCGAAAAUGUUAAGGCGGUCAAUAAUGAUCCGAUUUUUAUAAAAUAAUGUUUCAUGGAAACAUAAGUAAUUAUGCUAGAAUAAGAAUUUAUAAUGCCGCGAUGCUUAAAGACAUAGCACCAUAAGAAUUUCCAAAUCGCGGCAAUAAUGCGGUUUCGGCUGAAAGUGGCUUAUAAUAUAUGCUGAUACUACAAGAACUAUUCAUCUUAAAGGUUAAGUUGAAACACUAGAAGUGCAAAUAAUUGAUAUAAGUGACUUACCAUAAGCACCAAUAUGAUGAUUGGAAAUUGACAACCCAUGGCUGCAUAACAGUGUUGCCGGUUUUCACGGAUUAGCACAUUGAUUGUUAUCUUGAGUACAGCAGUACUGUUAAUAAGCGUUUGAUUAAUAGUGCAGUAGUUCACACUAAAUUGCUUUAUGGCGAAAAAUAAUCGCACGUUAAUUGUUCCCCUACAUGGGGUAUGAGGGCAGCCAAUAAAAAUGCACAUGGACUGCGCAUGUCAUGCCAUCGGCAACGCCUAUUUUCUUCGGAGGACAUAUAUGUUCACAAAUAUGCAGCACUCAAUAUUGUAGUAUUCGUACUAAACGUCAUUGAAUUGCUAAUUCUGUUGUUGGAUCAAAAUGGAGUGGUCGGUUCGCUUGAGUGCAAUGACUUUACUGUUGUUAAUUAACGAUGAAGUGAAAGGAAUAAUCUCAGGACUGAAGUGUGCAAGGGACAGCAUGACCAAAAUUAAGGUUAAAGCGGGCGCAGUGUGUUUUCUGCUUGACAUGGAAAACAACACAAAUGAAGGAAAUAAGACUGGUUCCGCAUUUGUUAAAAAGUGGUCCUCCUAUGUGGAAGUGCGUACUUCCAGUCCUGCAAGUACGGUUGACCUACAAAGUAGUGACGAGUCCUUUAAUGAGUCUGCUAUUGAGUUGAUGAACAUGGAUUUUUUGGACCAAAGUGAUGCGGAGAUUGGGAUCAUGAAAGAAGAUGACACUGCAGCCAAAGGCAAACAUGAAAAUGAAGCUCAACAGAAAUACUUGGGUUUAUUUGAUGUCCACAUCGAUAAUUUGGUACCACCUACACCAAAAAGAACGUCAAGACUGCUUGACCUGCAGCAUGUCAAAUUUCUGAUGGAUUCGUUCCAGUCCGGAUUCACAAACCAGCUUACCAUCCUAGUGGGUAUGGUACCAGAACGAUGUGAUACAACCAUGUUAAAGACAAAAGGUGCAGUUCAAGUUGAGACGCUAGGUGGAAAUCACACCAGGGAAGCACUUCAAUCUCUCAUCAGAAGAGGACAAAGCAAGCUCUCCACUGUCAAAGUAAAUGUAUACUCACUGCUAUCUACUGCGACUGCAUUGACGGUGGGGUGGCAACAUAAUGUUGUACUUCAAGAAAAGCAGAAGCCCAUCACGUUUGUAGACAAAGUAAGAUUGAUGAGACAGGUUCCGCCUUCCAAUCCCCUUACCCCCGCAGACAUGAAAUCCUGGAAGGGGCUACUAUCAUCAAUUUUCCAAGUGAAGGACGUGAGACGGUUCCAGCAAGUGUAUGGGAUUCACCUGAAAACGGCUCAGCUGGACCAGAACAUCUGGGCCAUGGUGGAGGAUGUGUCAGAAUCUGCCAUUAAAAUAAACGAAAAGUUUUUCCGGCCGUUAGUCAAAUUGUCUGACGUUGAAGUAAAAACAUGUCUGGAAAUCCUGAAAAGGCUAGGUCUGGCAGAAUAUAACAAGAAAGUGAAGGAAUUUUCACCAGCAUCAUCGAAAAAGCGGAAAAUUGAGGAUGGGUCUACCUGUGAUAAGGAAGAAAGAAAUCAAUAUGAAGAUCUGCUUGGUUUUUGA